AUGGCAUGGAGUUACUUGAUCAUAAUUGUAACAAUUUUAACAUUUCACUCUGUGACAUAUGGAGACGAAUGUUCGGAAUAUUGCACGUGCAUCAAAGUUGGAAGGAGAAUGGCGUUAAGAUGUGAGAAUCAAAACCUCACUGCAAGUAACGUGAAAGAAAUUGCAGAAAAACUAGAAAAGCAUGUAUUUCUAACAUACGUCUCUUUCAAAGGAAACUUAAUUGAGGUAUUUCCAAUGGAAAGUUUUCCCAUAUCGAAGGUACUGCAAAGAAUCAACUUGUCUGCAAAUAAAUUGAAAAGAAUACCUGAGCAUUUAAAAGUCAAGAUGCCUUCUUUAAGAUCACUAGCCUUAUCAAAUAACAAAAUUAGUGAGAUAAAUUAUGAACUUAAUGGAUUAUCUCAGCUAGUGUAUCUGUCUCUAAGCAAUAAUCAAGUCAAUAAAAUCUCCGUAAACUCUUUUAAGGGGUUAAAAGAUAUGCAAAGGUUGGAUUUGAGCUCAAACAAAAUAACUGCAUUAUUACCUGGAACAUUCAAAGUUUUCAGAAAUGCUGUUGUCGAUUUAUCGCAUAAUAAAUUGGUAAGAAUAUCAAACGGUGUGUUUUCGAGCUUGCAUAUCCGAAAGUUGAUCCUAACAAACAACCGCAUUGAACAGCUCGAAAGUGAAUCAUUUUCAAAUGUCGUUAUUCAAGAAGGUAUAUAUCUCGAUCAAAAUAGAAUUAAAAAAUUACCUAAUGCAUUUCGAAAUUCGAAUUUGUCUUCAUUGAAUCUUAAUAAAAAUCCCUUGCUGUGUGACUGUACGUUAUUUAAAACAGUAAAAAUGAUGACCGAUGAAAACAGGAUCUUAAAACUCGUCAACGCUCUAUGUAUGGCACCCGAAACCAUGCUGGGCAUUAAUCUAGCCAAUACUACCGCUUUAAAAUCCGCUUGCCAGCCCUGUGACUUCCAUAACUGUCCUUUUCGAAACUCUGUGUGUAAAAUUAAAAAAGAUACUAACGUAAGUUGUGUUUGCAAAACGGGAUUUGCAGGUGAUAAAUGCGAAGUUAUGGAGAAAGAACGCCGAGUAAAAUUAACUCCGAUGGACCGUAUUUGCCUUUUUUCGUGCACGUGUAAACAUGGCAAUUCUUUGGUCAUCAAAUGCGAAGGAAAAGAGUUGACCAGCGAAAAUGUGUCAGCAAUAGCCAAGAAUAUACCACCGAUAAUUUCAUACUUAUCCUUUCGCAAAAAUUUUAUCAAAUAUUUCCCUACCAAUGACUUUUUUAUUUUAAAGAAUUUAACUGUACUAGAUUUAUCAGAGAAUAUUCUCUCGACUGUUCCUAUGCGGUUAGAAGUAAUUGCGCCUUCGUUGAAAACACUCGUUCUGGCCAACAAUACGAUAUCAGCUCUCACAAAUAAUGUCUUUGGUAAAGUAGAUCUUAUGCAUUCUAUUGAUCUAAGUAACAAUAACAUUGUUGAAAUUUCGCCUUAUUCUCUAAACGGACUGAAAAAUUUGCAAAAAUUAAAUUUUAGUUCAAACAAGAUAACGUUGUUACCAUUUGGUGUGUUCAAUGCUCCUCUAAAUGCUGCCUUUAUUGAUCUGUCGAACAACAAGUUAAAGUCGAUAUCCAACCGUGUAUUUUCAAACAGACGCAUUCAAAAUAUAAUACUGACGAAUAACCACAUUGACCACCUCGAAGAAAACGCAUUUUCGAACAUACUAAUUCAACAUAGCAUACAUCUCAACAAAAAUAAAAUUCGUUUUAUACCGAUUGAUAUAUUUCAAAAGUCGAAUUUGUCUUUCUUAAAUCUCGCCGGGAAUCCUUUGUCAUGCGAUUGUUCGUUUUGUAAGAUAGUAAAAAGUUUGAUUUACGCAAGUGUGCGCGUAUUACUGGAUAAACCGAAAUGUUUUUUCUUUUGGAAACAUUCUCAUUUUGUGACACGUAACAAUACAUCAUCUAACACUUGCUGCAUACCUUGUGGCAAUCAGUCAUGCCAUAACGCAAAUUCCUCUGUCGAAACCACAAAGCAUAACAUAACGACUUCAAGUUGCGCAAGUCUGUCAUUUAAAAGUUAUUAUAACGCAGAAUUGGUAUGGGUGUUGCUGAUUGGCAGUUUUUGUACUGUUUUUUUUAUCUCCAUAACAGCGACGAUACAGUGUUAUUUAUGUCAAAAAGGACGGAAAGCAAAGAAAUAUAUUGUUACAAUGCAAGUGAUGAAGAAAUGCCCUCGUGAAGGAUACGCUAUAAACAGAUUCAGGAAACAAAGUGAGAACUUGGGAUAUGUUUAA